AUGGAUUUCUCACAGAAAGACGGUAAAAAAUCAAAGAAAAGUCAAGAAAAAGCAACAACCCCGCAACCGGCGACAACCUCCAAGUUCCAACCCUCACUUCUAAACCCCGCCCAUCCAUCACAAGCACAAUCAGUUAUAAGCCCAGCAACAAAAAACACCUCGAUACCGGCACAAAAGGAAUUCACAGUGGAGGACGACGAUGAGUUAGAAAUAGAAAGCCCUGCCAGAGAGCAACCGAAAACUCCGCUGGAGCAGACGCUGCAGGAGCGCCUGUCUCCCCUGUCGGAAGUAUUCACGGGAGAGCAAUUGAAAACACUGUCAACGGUGAUGGCCGCUUUGUCAGAGCUACCAGCCUCGCAGCAGCUAGGGUCAGUCGGCAGUCUAAGAAAGACCAGGUCGGCGGUUCCCCAGUUACCUGUUAGGGAUCUCCUAACCGCCCUGAAUCAAGAAAACACCCCAGAAAAAAGAAAGCGCUCGGAUCCGGCGGAAACAGAAUGGCCUGAAGCAGAGCAAGUCCCAAUCGCGGAAUAUGAGCGAAGAGCGCCGGUUCUACAGAUAGCUAGACGGCAGACAAUCCAGCCAAAGGAUUCUCCUCUGUGUCGAGAAAUCCUAGAAGAAAGGAUGGAAAGGAUAAAAAUCCCGACAGGGAGAUACGAUGGGACGACGGAUCCGGAGGAUCACUGCACCACAUUCGAACAGCACAUGAUGCUGUACACAGAUUCUGAUGCCAUGUGGUGCAAAGUAUUCCCAUCCACACUCUUAGGAGUUGUAGCGAGCUGGUAUAAGGGCAUAGAGGCACACUCCAUAUACAGUUUCCGACAGCUGCAGGAGUCGUUUUUGUCACGAUUUGUGAGCAAACAGAAGAGAAAGAAAUCGUCGGGAGAGUUGAUGUCGUUCGCUCAAAGAGAUAGAGAGCCGUUAAGAGAUUAUCUCACCCGCUUUAACAACAAAUCAAUCACUAUUCCCAAUUUGCAGCAGGAGGUUGCUGUUCUGGCUCUGAUGAGGGGAAUGCAAGAGUGCGAAUUCAAGAGGUAUCUCAGCCGGAAGUCAUACACCAAUCUGGGUGACGUCCUGCACAAGGCAAAUGAGUACAUCAGGGGGGAUGAAAUGAUGAAGAUCUCCAAUGUGGUAGUGGCAACCCGCGGAAAUGUCAGGUACAAUCCAGGCUAUAACCCGCAGGCGGGAAAAGGAGGAAACAAUUUUCAUCAAAGCAAUAAUCAGCAAGGGGCAGGCCAGAGAAACCAGAAUAACAGAAAUGCCAAUCCACAGGGGCAGAGAAGCCGGCAAGACAGAAGGGAGUCCAGAGGACUCUUUGAUAACUACACUCCGCUGAACACACCGCCGACGGCAAUUUAUAACAUUAACAACAAGAUGGAUGGCUGGAGAAGGCCGCCACCAAUGCAGAGUAGGGAAAGGAAUGUCAAGAAAUUCUGUGACUUCCAUAAUGAGCACGGCCACCUAACAGAGGACUGCAGAGACCUCAAAGACAACAUUGAGGAUAUGGUCAGAAAGGGGUAUUUUUCACAGUAUAGGGCGAGGCAAGGAAAUGGUAACAACAACUCGGUGGGGGGAAACCCUACCAAUUCAUACCGGCCACAACAGCAAAAUCAACAACAAUACCCUAGAAUCGAGCAGCCAUAUCAGCCGCCUAGAAUCGAGCAAAAACAGCCGGAAACCAGUGCCAGAGCAGAACAGAGGGAUGGCGGGAAAAAACCACCCGUGUAUAUAAAUUCUGGCGGUCCAGUCCACGGAGGGAUAAUAAGCGACGCCAGUAGAAGCUUGGAGGAACACAGGCACAUGGUAAACUAUCAUAACACAAGAGUGUGGCCUAACCCACCCAGCAUACCAGUGAUGACGUUCUCGGAAUCGGAUUGCAGAGGCAUCAUUUUCCCGCAUGAUGACCCACUAGUUCUUACAAUUGAUAUUGCAAAUGCCGAUGUGAACAGAGUACUGGUAGACGGCGACAGCUCAGCAAACAUCAUCUUCUGGGAAGCCUUCAAACAAUUGCACAUACCAGAGGACGAGCUUCAAAGGGUGAACUACCCAGUAAUCGGUUUCUCAGGAUCUACAGUGUACCCAGAGGGUAGUAUAAGGCUGCCGGUGAAAAUCGGAGAAGGAUCUGAAAUGCGAGAUCUCAUGGUGGAUUUCCUAAUCAUUAAAGUACCAGCGGCCUACAAUGUGAUCAUCGGUCGCCCAUUCAUACAUGACGUGCAGGCGGUAGUCUCAUAUGUCGAACCUGGAAAGGCCGGCAAAGAUAAGGGGAAGUCAGUUGGCGGCAAGGUCCUGUUACUUGACUGCUUUGAGAACACCGGGAAGAAUGGUCCCAGAAGUGAACUUGACUACUGA